AUGGACCAAUUGAGUAAAUGUGGUCUUCCUCCAAUUAAACCUCCACUUUAUAAGCAACAACCAGGUAGGCCUAAAAGAGUUAGGACAAAGGAGCUUGGUGAGGUUGAAAUACCAGCCCCCAUCCCACCAAACCCUAUGCCUCCAAAUUAUCUUGCCUCACUAGCCAAGCUUAGAAGGGUUUUCAUUGAAAUAAGAUGUUGUGGAUGUGGUCAAAAAGGCCAUAAUAGAGCAACAUGUGACAGACAAAACAAUGAAAACCAACAGGUUCAUGCAUCUUCAACCAAAUGGAGCAAGAUGGCAAGAGGUAAUAGAGAAGGAGGCAGAGGCAUAAGUAGAGGAAGAGGCAAUGUUGCUCAAGGCCCUGUUUAUCCAAAUUCACAAGAAAGUGUGACAAGAGGUAAUGGACAAGGAGUCUUACCAUCUUCACAUAUUGGUUUAGGAAAAGGUUUACCAUCUUCAAAGCUAAGUGCAAUUAGAGGAAGAGUCUUAGGAAGAGGCAUAAGUGGAGGAAGAGGCUUAGGAAGAGGCUUACCAUCUUCACGAUCAACUGUGGCAAGAGGAAGGGGACAAGGAGGACCAGCUUUGGACAACAUUCCCCAUGAUAAUAACAUGGCCUCAAUAUAG